AUGAUUUUCACUUUACCUGCCAGUCCAUCCAGAAGGCUACCUUGCAUCAUCAGUGGUGAUCCUCAUUACACAACGUUUGACGGGAAGCGGUACGACUUCCAGGGCCCCUGCACGUAUGUCCUGUCCCAGCAGUGUGAUUCAGAUCUGCCCAGCUACAGAGUAGAAGGCUCCAAUGAGCAUCGGGGCAGCUCUGCCACUUGGACACGACUGGUCAAAGUCUUUGUGUAUAAUGAAACCAUUGAGCUUGUCAAAGGACAUCGUGGUGAAGCCAAGGUCAAUGGUAUAUUUGCAACGACCCCCUUCUCCUUAACCAAUGGCGCGGUUCAUGUUUAUACAUCAGGUUUUUCAAUUGGUGUCAGUACUGACUUUGGUUUGGAGGUCUCCUAUGAUGCUCAUCAUCUUGUGAACAUCAAAGUUCCAUCCAGUUACCAGGGAGCAACAUGUGGCCUUUGUGGGAACUUUAACAAUGACCCAGAUGAUGACAUUCAACCACCAGAAGGAGAUAUUGUGAGCCCUCUUGACCUUAGUCAUAGCUGGUUGGUGCCAAAUGCUGAUGAGUCUGAAUGCAUGCCCUGUGAAGGUCAAGACUGUAGUCAUUGUUCUGAAGAUGAGAGGGCUUUAUUCAAUAAUCCUGACAACUGUGGCAUCCUUCGAGACAGAUCUGGACCUUUUGCAGCUUGUCAUGAGGUGCUUUCACCAGAGUCUUUUGUGUACAAUUGUGUGUAUGAUCUGUGUUCGGAGGGAGGGCAACAAGACAUUCUCUGUCUAGCCCUAAAUGUCUACGCCAGUCAGUGUCAAGAAAAAGGUGUACAACUACAAACAUGGAGAAGCCCCGGCUUCUGUGAAAUCAUAUGUCCAGAAAACAGCCACUUUGAGCCUCAGAGCACAGGAUGUCCAGCUACUUGUGUCAACCCUGAGUCUCAUAAUGACUGUGCACUCGCUCCCCUUGAGAGCUGCGCUUGUAAUGAAGGCUAUGUUUUGAGCGGUGCAGACUGCGUGCCUCUCCAUGAGUGUGGCUGUAACUUUGAGGGACUCUACUACCAUUCUGGACAAACCUCCAUCCAGAAGGCUACCUGCAUCAUCAGUGGUGAUCCUCAUUACACAACGUUUGACGGGAAGCGGUACGACUUCCAGGGCCCCUGCACGUAUGUCCUGUCCCAGCAGUGUGAUUCAGAUCUGCCCAGCUACAGAGUAGAAGGCUCCAAUGAGCAUCGGGGCAGCUCUGCCACUUGGACACGACUGGUCAAAGUCUUUGUGUAUAAUGAAACCAUUGAGCUUGUCAAAGGACAUCGUGGUGAAGCCAAGGUUUGCAGUUAUAAUUUCAAGAGUACGCAACAGAAUCAGGUUCUUAUAUAUUAA